UCUAAUCCCUUAUGUGAGUGUCAGGUGGCUCUGUGUGCAUGUGGACAAGAGGCACAGGCGACUAAGUUACCUGUUGCGGCGUUCAGGGUGAAAGUCUCUUUGUUGUCAGAAGAUCAAGCUCAACUUCAAAGGCAUGAAAUUUGUCCAUGAUGAUCUGUGGGAAACCGAAUCCAGGGGAUUCAGCAACUUCCCCCUCCUCAGAGAAAGAGGCAAGCUCAGCUGUGGGAAGCUCCCGGUGUGGCGGUAACCCUCAGCUGAAACAGGGCCUUUGCAGGGUGGAGGCAGCACGCUGCAGCCAGGAACUGUCACAUUACUCUCAGCUCCACAGUGGGACGAGGGCACCUGAAUACAGGCUGUGAGGGAGGGUAAGAGAGUGUGAGUGAGGCUAAACCAAACACAGGGAAAGAAGGACGUGUCUGCAGCAGCAACAGAGUCCAACUUGGGACUUGGGAGACACUUUUUCCUCUUGAGUCAAAGGGAUCAUAGCUUUGUGUCACAAAAAUUGUGGCUAAAAGUGCUCCAGCUCCUUUACAACAUUUUGGAUCUGUUUGAAAAAGAAACGGUACAAUGGAUAAGGAUGCUCUAGUGGACUAUGAGUACCCGGACCUGGAUCCUUUGCCAUCCAAAAUUGAAGUGGAAAUAAUCCCUCCAUGUGACCCCACUGCUGAUGACAGGCUCUACCAUAUAUGCAUCACUGCGAUAUCCCUUGUUGUGAUGCUGAUCCUAGCAAUCUUAGCCAGACGCACAAAGGUGGGGGACAGACAGAAAGGCCUCCCAGGUUUACUCAGUCCAGUCAACUUCCUGGAUCAUACGCAGCACAAGGGCCUUGCAGUGGCUGUGUUUGGAGUGCUCUUGUGCAAACUAUGGGGCCUGAUCAUAUCUCCAGACCCCCUCCCCUUCACAACAGGCACAGUAAAUAAACAACACUGGGUGAUUCUUGGAGUCUUCUACUACCCCGCACUAUACUACCCUCUCCUGGCAUGUGGCACUUUACAUAAUAAAGUUGGCUACGUACUUGGCAGCCUCUUGUCUUGGACACAUUUUGGGGUUCUGGUCUGGCAGAAAAUUGACUGUCCCAAGACACCUUUGAUAUACAAACACUACUCCCUUUUCUCCAGCCUGCCCCAAAUAGCUUGCUUGGCAUUCCUUAGUUUCCAGUAUCCCCUUCUUCUAUUCAAGGGCCUAAAGGGCACUGAAAAGAACAAUGCUACAGAGGAUCUCAGCAGUAGCUACUAUAAAGACUAUGUGAAGAAAAUGCUCAAGAAGAAGCCUGCCAAAAUCAGCACAUCAAGCAAAGAGACACCAAAGCUCCCUCAAAGAAUAAUAGAUGCUGUGAAGUCAUACAUUUAUACACCAGAGGAAGCUUUCCGUUUUCCACUGAAGUUGGCUAUAUCUGGUGUAGUGUCAUUUAUAGCCCUGUAUCAGGUCGGUCUUCUGCUGAUAUCGACAGUGGUGCCAGUACUUCAGACUGCCCGUGCUGGAGUCGAUGGAGACAUUGCCAACGUUUUAGCUGGUUUCAGGAUUGUGCUGUCUCCAGACAAAAAUGAAGUGGUCAGGAUAGUGGUUUAUUACAUGUGGUGUGUGGAAGUGUGCUAUAUCUCAGCAAUGACCCUGUCUACUUUGGUGAACUUGGCUAUGCUCAUGCGGUCCAUGGUUCUGCACCGGUCAAACCUGAAGGGGCUGUACAGAGGAGAUAUCUAUAAUGUUUACAACUGCCAGAGAAGCAUCAGGGCUUCCCGGCCAGCACUGGUCUGCUGGAUGGGAUACACCAGCUUCACAGCAGCUCACAUCUUUAUCGGCAUGAUCGUCCAAACUAUGGUGUUCUUUCUUUGCCUCCUGAUCGCUGUCUUCCUCAUUAUCAUACCGGUCCUGCACAGACAGAAUCUGAUCCUCUUUAAGAUCAUGUGGAGCAUGUGGCCCUUCUGGCUGAUGAUUCUCUUGGCUGUGUUGAUUCAACAUAUCGCCGGCAGGUUUUGCUUCAUUAAAAAAACAGCAGGCACACGAGACCUAGACAACAGGGGUAAUCUGUUCUUGCUGACCUACCUGCUGUUUCCAGUCAAUGUUCUGAUCGGGGUGCUACUAGCACUGUGGCGCAUGGUCAUCACAGCCCUGUUCAACAUUGUCCACAUGGGUCGCUUGGAUAUCAGUCUUCUUAACCGCAAUGUGGAGGCAUUUGACCCAGCCUACCGCUGCUAUGCUCAUUAUCUGAAGAUUGAGGUGAGCCAGUCUCACCCCGUGAUGAAGGCCUUCUGCGGGAUGCUGCUGCAGUCUAUGAGCAAGGAGAGCAAUGCUGCACAGAGGUCACGGGAUCUUGAAGAGGGGAUCCAGCUGGUCCUGCAGGAGAAGAAACUAUACAAAGUGUCCAGUGCCAAGAGGGCCUGCAGGCACUGGCAGCUCCUCUACACUCUGGUCAACAACCCCUCCCUGGUGGGUACCAGGAAGCACUUCCAGCGUCCAACCACAGAGAGCUUUCUGAACGGAAGCCUCAACCGCAGCGUCGAGAAGGGGAGUAAAAAGGAGGCAGCUACCAAGGAGGCAGAGGCCGCUGCCAACAACUGAACAUGAAUGUUAUCCUGAUUAAGGAGUUGGCUGCAAUGUCUCACUUGUUGUUUUUUUUGUCUCCUACAUCUACUGUAGAUGUGUCUGCAGUUGGUGCACUUAUAGUUCAGUGCCAUAUGUAGAGAUAUUGAGAGCCUUUCCUAUCUGGAGCCUUUCCCACUUUGUGCUCUUUAUUAUCCCCUGGUUGUUUAUAUCUGAUGCCCACAGUCUCCAGUCUGAUGGGAAAGCUUGUGAGGCACUGACCUCCCAUCCAAACGCACUCAUUAUGUGUAAUUUCCAACAUGUUUAUGUGCUUAUUUUGGGAUAGUGCUCAUUUGCUUUAUGUUUCAACCUGUGGGUUAAUCACAUGUUUUCCAGCAGGUUAUUAUCAUAGUGCAGGUAAUGCAAAUUUGUAGUUUCCCAAACGAAACACAUGGAUGUACACUCACAUCUCUAAAGCAUCAUUUUUAAAGAGGGUAUUAUUAGUAUGUAGAGUAUUUCACUAUUUAUUAAUUUACAGAAUGAUCUGUUUUCAUCAACUAGAUAAUACUUUUUUUUUCAAUUGUACACAUUUUGUGUAAUUAACAGUAACCUGUGGAAUAUGAAUGAACCUGUUUGUAUUUUCUGUUUUAUUUGUUGAUCCUUAAGUCCAAAACCACUUGCUGCUACCAGCGUUUCUCUCAUUUUCUGUCAAAGCUCUUUUCUGGUUUCUGAUAUUCAUUCUCUGCAUUUAUAGAAAAUACUGGCUUUUAAGUGAAAAUAUGAAUGCCCGAAAUUUCCUUGUGAUGACUUUGAAAAUAAAACUGAAACAAAA